AUGAAACCCAGUGAUUCAGCUCCUGAUUUCUCCGGCUUAGCCGUUGUCAACAUGGACUUUAAGAAGAUCAGCCUGAGUGACUAUAAAGGCAAAUACUGCAUUCUGUUCUUCUACCCACUCGACUUAGGCCUCUUCAUUAUAAGCCCAGAGGGCAAGAUUAGGAGCUUCACAGUGAAUGACUAUCCAGUCGGAAGGUCUGUGGAUGAGGCGUUGAGAUUGGUUGAAGCCUUCCAAUUCACUGACAAGGGUGACAAGGGCAUCAAAGUAAACAAAUAG